UUCUAUUUACAAUGAUGAAUAAGAAAUACUUGAACAUAAAUCAAAAGAUCUGUUUUUUUGCUAAACAUUUCACACCACUUUUCACAGAAAUGUUACAGAAAUGCAUACUCCCACCUACAAUGUAAAACAUUUGUUUGUUAAACAAGUUGUAAAUUACUUAAUUUUAAAAUAGGAAUAUAAUUAUGCAAACGUAUUGUAACCAGAUAUGCACAAUGUUUGAUUAGCUUUACUAUACUAAAAUGUCUACAUGAGCACUUUGCAUAUGCAGGACUUUUGCCAGCUCACGUGUGUAGUAGAAAGCAAACACAGAAAGGUGCUGAUAUCAAUAAUGAAAAUGUAUUUAUCAGAAAAUGGCGGGGCAAUGUGAGUAAUGUUAUCAUUUAUAUAAUCAUUUUUACAAAAUAUAUGCAGCAAAAGCUUCAUUGGGGUGGCACGGUGGCUCAGUGGUUAGCACCGUCGACUCGCAACGUAACUGUAACACUGCAGUUACAAGACAUCACUGGAGGAAAUCAGCUUACAGGAGGGAGGUGGCCAGUCUAGUGACAUGGUGGGAGGACAACAACCUCACCCUCAACACGGACAAGACAAUAGUGGACAUGAGGAAGGAGAGGGGAACUCAUCAGCCACUGUUUAUCCGUCAACUUGAAGUGGAAUGAGUGAGCAGUUUUAAAUUACUGGGAGUCCACAUCAGUGAGGACCUCACCUGGAAAUUAAAUACCACCUAGCUGGUUAAGAAAGCACAACAGCGGCUGAAGCUGAGGAAAGUUUGGUCUGUCAUCCAAGAUCCUUAGCAACUCCUAGUGAUUGAGAGCAUCCUGGCUAGCUGUAUUAGUGAGUAGUAUGGCAACGCUACUGUGAAGGACAUAAAUAAUAAUAAAUAAUUGACUAACAAGCAGAAUAUUUGCUUCAAACCGGAGCAAAACCAUACCCAUAACAAACACAUUUAGAGCAGUACAUGGUAUUUGCCUCUAGAGGGCGCUGCAAACUUGAAGAAAGUCACACUACGCCUACAUUCACAAACGCAGUUGAAGAAUAUUGGUGACUACGUACAGAUUUAGACUGACAGGACAGUUUAGGAUAUAAAUAAGACCGGAAUAACAGUUGUUAUACCACAAUAAUCCGUUAUAAUAAAAAAGAUAACUUUAUACUACAGAAUCGAUUGCAAUAGUCGUCUUUACAACGGUUGAACGAGACGUUAGACAUUAUGUUAAAAUUUUCUGGCGGUUUUAAAAGGUAUUUAAUCAAAACACUAGCUAAUAAAUCUGUUGUAUUGAUUACACGGUCAAGACAACAUUGUAUUUUCCCUUCCUUCCCAUUCAUUGUCAGUCCACAUUCCAGUUCAGUCGUGGUGGCAGCACCGCACCAAAAGUAGCCACAAUCAACACGAGAGGAAGAAGAGCGCUGCUGAUGUAUUUCCGGUUUAAUCUCAGCCGGUGUGUUUAUUUCCCGUGCAGCGCGUUCUAGAUGUGUACUACUAGCUGCAAAACCCUUUCAUUCAGCAAUUUGACGGCGAAUUUAUUAAUGAACUAUAAUAGCAAUGACUACCAGAAGGUAUAAAUAUCAACGGCGGAUUGACAGUAGUUCAUCUGAACAUUGUUGUGUGCCGUUAUGUGGAGCUUCAUCGAGAUUCAACUCCGCGGUGAGUUUCCACACGUUUCCGGUGUCCACGGAAAUACGUGAAAAAUGGAUUAAAAACAUUCGACGUGAGAAACUUAACAUCACAUAUCACACGAGGGUCUGCUGUCGACAUUUUACUACUGAUGAUCUGAUUCAGCCACGUAAUCCCAUAGGGAGGCGUUUGUUGAGGAAAGGGGCAGUUCCCACAUUAUUCAAGUGGAAUGGAUACUCAGAUGCUGAAGCAAAGAAGGCCGCAGAUUUAGAGCAUUCUGUGACAAUAAAGGAGAUUUACAGUCAAGGGGACAUCCACCAUCUAGAACACGAUUACUGUUCAGUUCCGGAAACUACGACGGCAGAUAAUGGACCGGAUCCAGUUAAAGAGCUCCGUGAAGAGGUGGAGCGACUGAGGAGACAGGUGGAGGAGAUGUCUGUCAGUCAAAGAUUUUGUUUGGGGCGUUUUGCUGCUUCUGACGAUGAUAUCAAGUUCUACACACGGUUCACAACUUGCAGCCAUUUAAUGGCAUUCUGGAAGCUCAUUGAACCUGCAUCCAACAACAUGAUUCGGGUGUCCAGAGUAAGAGCAGCAACCAUGAAGCAUGAAGAUGGAAUGACAGACGGUGCAUUGGACCGGUCCCUGCAGCCCAUUGAUGAGUUCUUCCUCUUCAUGGUACACCUCUCGGUUGGCUUAACCCUGCGGGAUCUUGGCCACAGAUUCAACAUCCACGAGUCCACGGUGAGCCAAAUCAUAACAACCUGGGCCAAUUUUUUAUACACCGUUCUCGGGUCUCUCCGCAUCUGGAUGUCUGCAGAGGCAGUCAAAGCUCAUCUUCCCAAUCAGUUCCAGGACUAUCCAGACACACGAGUGCUGAUCCACUGCACAGAGUUGCGUUGCCAAACUCCCUUGUUUAAAAGUGAAGACUUUUCUUACAAGUCCCACCGCAGCUUUAAGGGAUUGAUUGGCAUGGCUCCGCAUGGAGCAGUCACUUUUGUCUCAUCCCUCUUUGCAGCUUCUGUCAGUGAUACAGAACUUUUUAAACAGUCCGGGAUUAUGUCUCUGCUGAAGCCUGAAAUGGCAAUAAUGUUCGACAAUUCAUUGCUUGUUGAUGAAUGUGUGCCAUGCAAAGUCUACAGACCAGCUUACCUGUUGGAGGAGCAGAUAUCAGCUGAUGAAGAGAAGAUACAGCUCAGGGUCCACAUUGAGGGUCUCGUGCACAGGGUAAAGCAACACAAGCUGUUAGAUACAGUCAUCCCUCUCUCUGUGACAGGGAGCAUCAAUCAGAUUUACACAGUCGCUUGUCUUCUGGUUAAUUACCAAAAUGGCCCAUUAGUAGAAGGCUGGGCUGAAGAUUAAAGAUGAGUUGAAGCUUUCAUUAUUUUUUUUAUUAUUUGGUUGAAAUUCUUUUCGUGAACACUGGAGGGCGUAAGAAUAUAUUUGUGCAUUUAAAGAGCCUGACAGAUGCUCAGAUUGCAGGUCAAGCAAUUUUUCUGACAAUCUGAUCGUUUCAGGGUGCUGAACAUUGAACUGAGAACGUUUGAGAAACGUAAGAUGCUUACUGUAUUAUUUACCAUUUUAAUGUUGAUGAGAAAGUUCUGUUUGUUUCUUUGCUGUAAUAAAUGGACUGGCAAAGAGUCCAAUGGUUUGGUGUUUCUACAAACAAAGAACAAACCGAAACACGAGUCAAAGCAAGAUCAUCUAACCAGUUUGGCCCUACAAGAGGACAUAACUUUUCAUGGGGACUGAUGAAUUGGGAUAUAUUCUGUUAAUAAAAAAUAAUAUAACUGC